GGAGGCUCGGGUCGAUCUGGAUCCGCGCAGAAAGACAUUCAGGAGCUGCGCGCCGUCAGGUGAAGGGAAAGGAAGGACGACUCCUCUGUGGACUGUGGUGGGGCAGUGCGCAGGAGAGAGAGAGGACCGAGGACCGGGGACCGAGGACCGGGGACCGAGGACCGAGGACCGGGGGAUUUUAAUCCGUUUUUUAACCUUCCAGGUGUUUGUGAGGACGAGUUGGAGCCAUGGCGGCGAUCUCCGCUGUGUGGCUGCUCGUUCUGUGCCAGCUGUUGACUUCAUCCUCUGCCCAGAGGCCUGGCCCCCGAGGAGCCUCUGGGCCCCCGGGACCCACAGGAGCAGCAGGAAGAGACGGCACUGACGGUAAAGAUGGACCUGCUGGACUUCCUGGGAAAGCCGGACCCAAAGGGAAAGAUGGAAUUCCGGGAGCAGCAGGAAAACCGGGCCUGCCAGGACUUCCAGGCGUGGAUGGCUUGACGGGUCCGGACGGUCCUGCCGGGAAGGACGGGCCCCCGGGCGACGCAGGUGAGUCUGGACCUGCCGGACCUCCAGGUUCUCCUGGCAGAGGGAGAUCAGGAGCUGCAGGACUUCCUGGAACCAACGGGCUGCCGGGCGGAGUCGGACCCCAGGGUCCAGCGGGUGCUGAGGGUCAGUCAGGACUUCCUGGACCUCCGGGCCCCGACGGGCCUCCAGGUCUUCCUGGUACUCUCCAUGACCUCAGCGGCGACCUCCUGUGUCCGGCCAUCUGCCCCCCUGGUCCCUCCGGUCCUCCUGGGAUGCCAGGCUUCAAGGGUCACACAGGACAUAAAGGAGACAAAGGAGAGCCUGGGAAAGAUGGGGAGAAGGGUGACGGCGGUCCACCCGGUCCUCCAGGUCUUCCCGGCACCGUGGGUCUGCAGGGCCCACGUGGUCUGAGAGGUUUACAGGGACCGAUGGGAUCUGUCGGAGACAGAGGUCUGCCCGGCUUCAGGGGAAAGCACGGCAUCGUCGGCAUCAUUGGAAAGACAGGCGACGCCGGCGAAAAGGGACCACAGGGAUUCAGAGGACCCAAAGGAGAAAUUGGUAAAAUUGGUCCCAAAGGAGGUCCGGGGGGAGCGGGACCCAAAGGGGAUCCGGGCAUCCCGGGCCGGGACGGCAAAGACGGAAUGCCGGGGCUCGACGGUGAGAAGGGCGACGCUGGGCGACACGGAGUCGUCGGAGAGAAAGGACCCAACGGACUUCCUGGUUUACAAGGAAAAGCCGGAGCGAAGGGAUCGACAGGAGAAGUCGGUGAUCCGGGGAAGACCGGGGAGACGGGACCCUCUGGAGAGCCAGGUAUUCCUGGCGACAUCGGUGUCCCAGGAGAGAGGGGCAUCGCCGGGCCCAGAGGAGUCGCCGGAGGAAUCGGACCUGCAGGCAACAUCGGGCCUCAGGGAGGGAAAGGCUUCCAGGGGGUGAGAGGGGGCCUGGGGGAUCCGGGUCUGCCUGGACCCACAGGAAUCCGUGGAGAGUUUGGUGAAAGGGGUCCGGUCGGAGCUUCUGGAGCCAAAGGAGACAUGGGUGUGGCAGGAAGUGACGGUUUACCAGGAGAGAACGGAGAACCUGGUCACUUUGGACCAGUUGGACAGAAAGGAGAGUCCGGGAAACGUGGAGAACUGGGACCCAAGGGCGUGUCCGGUCCUCAGGGCGAGCUCGGAGCCAGGGGGCCUCUGGGAAAAAUAGGGCUGAUGGGCUUCCAGGGGGAACAGGGUCAGCCUGGAAUCGCAGGAAAGAACGGUGUUCCUGGCAAACUGAGCAGCGAGCAGCACAUCCGAGAGCUGUGCGGCUCCAUGAUCGAUGAUCAGAUCGCGCAGCUGGCCGCUAACCUGCGAAGACCCCUGUCUCCCGGAAUGGUGGGACGUCCGGGCCCCGCCGGCCGUGCUGGAAAACCGGGAGUCGCCGGCUCUAUCGGGCAUCCGGGAAGCCGCGGACCGCCGGGCUACCGAGGCCUGCCCGGAGAGCUGGGAGACCCUGGUACCAGAGGUGACGUCGGCGAAGCAGGUGACAAGGGAUCGGUCGGUAAAGCCCUGGAUGGGCCGACUGGAGACCAAGGACACCAAGGUCUUCCAGGAGUAGCUGGAAUAGUCAAGGACGGACGUGAUGGAUCUGCAGGAGAUCCGGGUGAGUCCGGCGAGUCGGGCAGGGCGGGCAGGACUGGACACCAGGGGUCCCCUGGAAUCUGUGACACGUCGGCCUGUCAGGGAGCGUCGGCCGCUGGGAAGUCCUCCAACCCCAAGAACCAUUAGACACGCCCCUUCCUGCCCCCCACCCCCCCCCCGGACGGGAAAAGUGAGGGAGGGAAGGGAUGACAGAAGAGAGCGAUCUCCUUUAUUAGGAUUCACUUUAUCACAAGACGGGAAGAGAAACACCCACAGGUGUGAUAUCAGAGAGGAAACAUCGGAGGAGAAACGUGACGACGACAUCAGAGACACGAGUGAGAGCAGCAGAACAAACAGUCACGUGACUCGACGAGUCGUUUGUGUGUUAAAAAAAAAGGAAAAAACUUUGUACAUGUUGUUUCAUCCGUGUGCAUGUUUCAUGGCCCAUGAGUGUAAAUCACAGGUGUUACCUCAACAUACAAACUGUAAGAUAUGGAAACAGGUGCCAGAGGCAGAAAGUCUCUGUGUAUGGUUGUAAAAUGAAUAAUAAAAGGAACGACAACCCCCCAGGUGACAGACGUUGUGUAGACUGAUGCAAAAAUGUUAUAACUUUUGAUAGUAAUUUUUUUUUUUUUUACAGCUUUUUUAUUUUUACUUGCACGUGAAGCCGAUUCUCCAGAUUUGAGAAUCAAAAUGGAAAUAAAAACGUGUGUCAGACAUGUAAAAUACCUUUAACAAUCUUUUACAAAAAAUAAAUAAAUCUGUUUGUUGUUUUUUUUCCAAUCUGAAUCGACCACAUCCACUUUGUACUACCGGUGCUGUAACUAUUAAAUAUACAUGACUUUAAAUACUAUUUAUUAUUUGUGGGUGACUGUUGUAUGUACAGUAAGAUGCUACAGCGACAUGUUGUGAGAAAGAACAAAUAAAAGCCACUUUUCAGUAAAAA